AUUACAUGUGAUCUGAGACUUUCCUUAUUUUCCUGCCCUAGGUGUGUAAUAUACUAUUCUCGUUUCGAAAACCCUAGUAAAACCCAACUAUUGAAAUUAUUCCCUAUUAUGUGCGGGGAGGGAGAUAGCCAAUAAGGGACAAGUAGAAAAAAAAACGUAAACUGGUACCGGUGUGCAGCUGCAAUGUUUGUAAUGUAAUGUGAUGUCAAAUAUUAAUUUUGGUCUUACGCUCUUUGUGUACGUUUCUAUUUCACUGUGGUGAAACAAAAAAUAAUCAAACAAAAGAGCUAUGAACCUUAUAAUAUAUAUAUUAUGCGGCUUCAGCAUAAUCAUCGCUGUAUUAUGGAAAUAUUUGAUAACAACAAAAGAGAAAAAAAAGAGCGUUUGUGUAGUCGUUCUUGGUGAUGUUGGCAGAAGUCCUCGUAUGCAAUAUCACGCAUUAUCAUUCGCCAGAGAAGGCUUUUCCGUCGAUCUUGUAGGAUAUUCAGGCUCUGAACCUUUACAGGAUUUGAAGCAAAAUGCUUUGGUUAAAAUCCAUUAUCUUCAAGAAACACCGGAUUUACAAGCUUUCCCAAGACUUUUAAGAUAUGUCAUAAAGACAUUAUGGCAAUCGGUAGUCUUAAUAAAAAAGCUUGCGUUUGAAAUUCGUUCGAGUUAUCUGCUUGUACAGAAUCCUCCAGCAGUUCCAACAGUUCCAAUAUGUUGGCUGUAUACUUGCUGCACAAGAACAUGUUUGAUCAUAGAUUGGCACAACUAUGCGUAUACAAUAAUGGGGCUCAACAUUGGGAAAGAGCAUGUUCUUGUCAGAAUGACUAUGUUUGUAGAAUCAUUCUUCGGAUCCAAAGCAAAGAAACACUUUUGUGUGACGGAAGCAAUGAGAAAUGAUCUUAAGUCUAACUGGGACAUAGACGCCAAAGUUUUAUAUGAUCGUCCACCACCUCAAUUUAAACCAAUCGAAUUGUAUGAAAAACAUUCCUUGAUUACACGACUUUCAAAACAUUAUGAAGUCUUCAGAGAUACUGAUGGAUCUUCAAUAUUCACGGAAUGUCUGGAAAAUAAUGAAAUUCAAUUAAAAUCAAAGAGACCAGGAUUCAUUGUUUCGAGCACAAGCUGGACAGACGAUGAAGAUUUUUCCAUUCUCUUCAAUGCCCUCAACAGUUACGAGCUUUCGUGCGAAAGCAGGGAUCAGAAUUUACCAGAUCUUGUUUGUGCUGUAACGGGUAAAGGACCGCUGAAGGAAUUUUGGAAUGCUAUUAUACAGAGAAAAAAGUGGCGCCAUGUCAAAAUUGUCACGCCAUGGCUCGAGAACGAAGAUUACCCAAAAUUGUUGGCGAGUGCUGAUUUGGGAGUAUGUUUGCACACGUCAUCAAGUGGUUUAGAUUUACCAAUGAAGGUAGUUGACAUGUUUGGCUGUGGAUUACCUGUGUGUGCAGUUAAUUACACAUGUUUAAACGAACUGGUGAAGAACAAUGAGAACAGUUACACGUUCGAAAACGACGUUGAUCUUGCGGAAAGAUUGAAAUAUUGGUUUGACGAUUUUCCUACGAACGACAAACAGCUGACAAUUAAGAAGAAAUUUGAGAAUGAAUUAAUGAAAUUUCGAGAGCUUAAAUGGCACGGUAAUUGGACAUCUGUAGAUAUCAACAAUCGUCCAAUUAUAGGAAUCUUAUCUCAAGAGAUAAGUCACAAAUUGGACCAGGUGUAUCCGAAUGAUUACGAUAGUUACAUCGCAGCUUCUUACGUCAAGUUUGUCGAAGGUGCCGGAGCACGAGUAGUUCCUAUAUGGAUCGGAAAAAAUGAUGAGUAUUACGAGAAUUUAAUGACAAAGAUAAAUGGUGUGUUAUUUCCGGGGGGCUCAACCUGGUUUAAUCAGUCGAAGGGAUAUGCCGAGGCAGGAAAAAUAAUUUACAAAAUUGCCAAAGGAUUCAAUGAAAAUGGUGAUUACUUUCCAAUCUGGGGAACGUGCUUGGGUUUCGAAUUAUUGACUUAUUUGGCAGCAAAUGAAACAGAACAUCGCAGCAAAUGUUCCAGCAAUAAUCAAUCGUUGGCACUAGAAUUUACGCACGAUUUCAAAAGUAGCCGAAUGUUCCGCGAGGCUCCACAGGAUGUGAUCGAUAUUCUCCGUUACGAAAACGUCACUGCUAAUUAUCAUGGAUUCUGCGUCACUGCUGAGGACUUGAAUCGCGUUUCCCUGACGAAAGAAUUCCGGGUUAUUUCAAUGAACAGAGACUGGAACGGAUUCAAAUUUAUUUCUACCCUCGAGCACGUUAAUUUACCUUUCUACGGGGUACAAUUUCAUCCAGAAAAAAACAUUUACGAGUGGAUAACCAAAAAAGCGAUACCCCACGGUUACGAAGCAACAAGAGCCAGUCAAUAUUUCGCUGAUUUCUUUAUAAACGAAGCCCGUAAAAAUACUCAUCGCUUUCUCUCCGUGGAAGAAGAAGAUCAGCAUCUGAUUUAUAAUUACAAUAUGACUUAUACUGGCCUGAAAGGAUUCGCUUUUCAGCAGUGUUAUCUCUUCAAAACACCAAUGCAAUAGAUGCUCAAAGAAAACAAUUCAUAUUUUGUACUGAAUCUGAAUAUAUUAAAGCGCUGCGACUGAAUUCAUACUGAUUAUCGUGUAUUUCGAGAUUCUUAAUAUUUUAAGAAAUAAAUAAUGCAAAAAAAUUGCAGUUUAAAGAAUGGUAUAGCGACUUUACGAGCAUUACAAAAAUAUAAUAUUUUCAAACCUUAUGUGAAAAUUCCUUUUUCAUUAUUCGUAAAAUAUAACGUAAGGAUAAGAUUGCGAGCGAUUGGUUAUUCGGGAUCUCAAAUUUUAUGAGUUUGUGCGCAUGCGAUAGCUCUAUCGUUGUUUAGUAUUGUCUCGGUGCCGUUGAGCAAGUUAUUCGACAUUCAGAACAUUAAAAUAACAGUGUGAUCGGAAAUUAAUAUUUGUAGUUUUUUCAUAGUGUAAAUAUUCAAAUAGGAAAAAUCGCAAUUUAAAAAAUGUUUUUUAAAUAUUGAAAAAAAAACAUUUUUAAUAAUCUUAAUUUAGUGUUCAUUUUAAUGAAAUAGAAAGCUCAAUAAAGUCGCUGCUGACACAGG